AUGCUGUACUCCAUUCGUUUCUUCCUCAGGAGUCCAACCCAACUGCACCUCUCCGUCAAUCACCAAAACCCACAAGCCAAACAUCACAGAACGAACGUGUUCAAUCUGACUUACGUCCUAACCUACCUGCAAGCGUCCACUCCCACCAGCUACCACUCCUCUCGAGAAUACUCGGGUGCUGUCCCCAAAGACCCCUCGUCCAAACACACGAUGCUCUGCCUCAUCGCCGUCACGGCUUUGGCCUUCUCCCACAUCUGUGACUGGCGGGAGCGAAGGAAACGGGAUCAAAGACAGCAGGAUAGGCUUGCUGCCCUCGAGAAUGGCAUGGUGGAUCUCACGGGCAGGCUCCUGCCAAACCCAGGAUAUCCCCUACUCGACGAGGACGAUGAUUUCAAACUUCCACCACCCGCAUAUGAGCUUCACGAGGGGAUUCCUGAGGACUGA